AUGUCUUUCUUCUAUGUGGGAAAGUUUCCCGUUGACCAGGAUCAACUCUAUCUCCCGUUCGCCUUGUUGCUCGCCACACUUGCUGCCUUGGCGUUGCUCAAACAACUUAAGGCAAAUGCAAUUAUCGAUAAACCCCCCGUUGCUGUAUCAUGGCAAUACCCGGAGCCAGAACCAGACUUGAAUUUCGACCUGGAGAAAACCGAGCCUCCUCGAUUUCGCGCGUUCCGAUACCACUAUAAACGCCAUAUUGUCGAUGUGCGGAAACUGGAUAAGGACUCGUGGGUCAUGUUGGACAACGAAUGGCCCAUGUAUCACCGGAUAAAAGUCCAACGACUAGCCGAUCGAGGCAACAAGAUUGUGCAGACCAUGCCGCAGGCUCGUGAAGCUGCCUGGGAACUGUGCCAAGACUUGUGCGAGUUUCUUGCCAGGAGAUAUCCCCAGGUCUACAACAUUCGACGAUCAGAGAAAGACUACCUUGGCUGGUAUGGCUUGGGAUCGGUGGUCAGCGUGGGAAUGCCAUCGCUUGGUGCUUUCUACGACCUCACGAAAGAGGAUCCGCUGACAGUGGCAGGAUUGAUACAGCCAGCCGACCUCAACAUCUUAAUGAUGGGUGAAGAUGGGCAAUAUCACCUAGUUGCAAUGAUGCUCGGUAUUGGAGGUGGCCAGAGAAUCAAGGAUAAAUUGGGUAACUCACUUGCAGACCUCCAUUUCAGUGGCCAUGUCCCUCAUUACGCAGAUCAACUGCAAAGACCGCUUGAUCGUUUUCUUGCCAAGCUACAAGUGGAAGCGCCUUUCCAUCGAAACACCACUGGUAUAAGUACACAUGACGCGUUCCACUGGCCGACAGUGACGAUGGGACCCGAGGACGACUGGGAUCCAGAGAUCCAAGGACCCGGCGUCGGUACUCCAAGCUACGGCACAUGGAAGCCUCAAGGUCCCAUUAGCGACAUCUCCCAACUAUGGUUUCGCCAAGAGCGCCAGGUCCUCCGACGGCUGCCCAAGUCGCGAGCAAUAGUCUGGUGUGUACACACAUAUGUCGAGCCGAUGGACGUGGUGGCUCGUGAACCAGGCAUUCCAGGUCGGCUGGCGUCUCUCGUGAGAAGCUGGGAUCCCAUCAUGGCCAAGUAUACACAAGGGUCGGCAUAA